AUGCCGCCCCCUUACGUCCUCGAGCCAGGGAGGCGUGUGAACGCCUGGGACUAUGAGUUCGAGUGGACGUCGGAGCACUACACGCCAGAGCAGCUCAAGCCCCUGAUCUACACCUACGACGAGCUUGCCUCCAAUGCCCUCGACCGUCUGGACGAGAUAGCUGCCGAGUCUCGGUCUAAGACAUCAUCACCGCCAUACUCAGACUCACCACCAUCCUCAACCUCAAGCCCGUCCUCAUGCCCCUCCUCCCACGCCCAACACCUCUUCUCCCUCCUCCAAACCCACGCCCCCCACGACCCAGUCUUAUCCCCUCUCUGGUCCCAACUCACCACCACCCCCCCCUGGGUCUCCCCCCCCCAAAUCACCUCCGGCCAGCAAAUCUUCUACCGCUACCUCGGCCCCUCAAUAGUAGGCCUCACCUUCCAAGCCCUCCUCGGCGGCUUCGGCUCCCCCCGAAUAGCCGCCACCCUCUCCCUAACAGGCGGCUUCACCCCCCGCUUCGCCCGCCGCCGCCUCCUCGAAACCUUCCAGCACGUCCUCGACAUCACCUCCUCCCCCUCCGCCCUCCACCCCCCCACCGGCCGCGGCUUCGUCUCCUCCGUAAAAGUCCGCCUCCUCCACGCCACCGUCCGCCGCAAGAUUUUAUCCCUAUCCAGCUCAAAACCAGACUGGUUCAACGUUCAAGAAAACGGCAUCCCCUGCAACGACCUCGAUUCCAUAGGGACAAUAACAGCCUUCAGCACCAUGCUGCUUUUUAUCGGAUUCCCUCGACAGGGGAUAUGGCUGUCCGAUCAAGAAAAGGAGGACUACCUCGCCCUAUGGCGGUAUGUAGCCUACCUCUUAGGCACCCCGACCGCCCCGUUUGAAAACGUCACCACGGCAAAGGUCUGGUUGGAAAGCCUGAUCGUCUCCGAGAUCUGCCCGUCGGGAGUGUCGAAACAGCUGGCGGAAAACAUGAUCGCCUCUCUCGCUCUAACCCCCCCAACAUACGCUAGCAGGGCCUUCCUCCGAGCAGAAGGGUACUGGCUCAACGGACCUGCUUUAUCACAAAAGCUCGGGAUCGAGAGGCCGAAAUGGUGGUAUCUCGUUCUUGUGGGCGGGCAGUGCGGGUAUUUCAUGGCGGUUUCCUAUUUCAAAAAAUAUCUCCUGCCCAGAAAAUGGGAGGAGGGGCAGGUGGAGAGACUGAAAAGGGUGCUGAGGGAGGUUACCGUCCGGGAGGCGGGCGGGAGGGAGGCAGGGUUCGAGUUUAGGUUUGUGCCUAGCUGGAGGCAGCUUCACUUGACUGAGAAGGGUGAGGAGGAGACACAAAAACUAAAAAAAGACAGGUUUGGGAACCGGUGGACGGAGUGGAGGAAUUUGAUGGCUGCUGUCUUGUUGCUCACGGCGGUGGGUUGGCUGGGGUGGUUGAGCACGCGGAUGGUCUGCAGAGGUGUGGUGAGGAUGGUGACACGGUGA